UCUUUUUGACAUCGAAGGAAAAUCACCCGGAUAAAUAACAAAACGGUUUAAACUUGACAGCAAGUAAAAUAACUAUAUUUUGGUCAUUUCCCAUUUCCUCUCAUUUGCAAUGAUAUAACAGGCAGAAGCUCUGAAAGGAAGGAGAAUGGCGGCAAUUGAUUUAUCCAAAACAUUUGAUGAGAUGGAAUCGGACGAGCUCAGUUUGGAAACUUCAGUUCCGACAGAUUUGACUCUUUCCCCAGACAGAGAAAAUGGACAUGCAGAGGAUCGCAGGGAUCGGAAAUCAAAAGUAACUCGGCAACUAAUAGAAAGAAAACAACUCAUGCACGACAUGCAGCUUUUAAGAAUUGAACUAUCUCAGAAAAACUUGACAUUAGAAAACAUGAAAGCAGAAUCUCUGAACAAAGUAGAGGAGCUUGAAGAAAAACUGAAUGAUGCAUUACACCAGAAACAAAUUCUUGCUGCUCGUCUUGAAUCCCAAUUAGCUAUUCAGGAGCAAGAGUCAAAAAGGCGUCAAGAUUUGAUCAAAGGAGAGAUGGAAGAGGUUCGCCAAAGGCAGAAACAUUUAGAGGCGACAAAUGAACGUCUGGAAGAAAAAGCCGGGAAUGUCAGGAGGACCCUGAGAGACUUAUCUCUUACAGAAGAUAAAUAUUAUGAACUUAGAGGACAAAGUGAAGAAGAUUUAUCACUACGAGAUUAUGUUGCUAUGAAGUUAUUUGAGGCAAUCCGUCCAUUGGAAACAGAGAUUGAUCAGAUGAGGUUAAGAAACAAAACUUUGGAGGAUCAGAAUAAGUCAUUUUCAAAAGAAGUACUGGAGUUGCAGGAGAAAUUAGAUGGAGAGCGCCAAGAACACGGUGAAUUGCGGAUAAAAUACCAGAAGAUGGUGAUUGAUUUCUCAGACACAAAAUCUCAAGUCAAACAUGAUAACUUCAAAGUAGAAAAUUACGACAGAGUCAAAAGUGAGAAAGAUGGUUUAGAGCAGGAUCGAUUAGAUAUUCAGCGACAACUGUCAGUACUAGAAGGAUCUCAUCAGACUCUGACCAAGGAGAGGGAUGAUCUACAUAGUGAGCUUUCUGCAGCUAAGCAAUCCCUGUCGUUGCUGAAGCAGGACAAAGAGUACCUGACAAAGCAGGUGUCUGACCUGACAAACAGGUGUACGUAUGCCGAGGACAAGGUCCAGCAGUCUGGUCAUCAACUGGAGGACGCCAAGAGGGCCAGGGAGGAGAUGUACGAGAAAUACGUGUCCUCAAGGGAUCAGUAUAAAACAGAAUAUGAAAAUAAGCUAAGAGAAGAACUUGAACAAAUUCGACUGAAAACAAAUGGAGAAAUUGAUCGACUUCGCACCAGCACUAAGGAGAUGUACGAGAGAGAAAACAGAAACUUACGAGAAGCAAGAGACAUGGCGAUAUCUGAGAAAGACAGAGCAAUAGCAACAGAGAGAGAAACGUCAACAAAAUAUGAACAGCUACUCACAGAGUUUCGUCAAGUGCAGAUGCAUGGAGACAGUAAAACAGCUGAACUACAGAAUGAGAUGAAGUUGAAAAGUUUUGAGUUGGAGAGAUUACAGAUGGUGCACGAGGAAUCUCUACGCAACCUAAGCCAGGCCAAGCUAGACAUAGAGAAGCUAGAAAAGAAGGCGGAGGUUUUAACUAAGGAGUACUACACUCUCCAAGCUGGGAUGGAUAAAAAAGUGGCUGAACUUGAGGCUCUGAUGUCGGAGAAAAAUGCCAAAAUCCAGAUGUACGAGCGAGUGGAGAAGGAGCUGGAUGAGGUCGUUCUUCAAGCUGCGCAAGUUGAAGAUGACCAAGAAGCAGAAAAAGUUUUGUUUUCCUAUGGUUAUGGUGCUAAUGUUCCUACCACAUCUAAAAGAAGACUGGAACAAAGUGUUCAUUUAGCUAGAAGAGUGUUGGCUCUUGAAAAGAUAAACACACAACUCCGACAAGAUUUAGAAAGAGAAAAAACCAAAAUAAAGCAAUUGGCAGAGGAGCUUAAAAGCAGUAAUUCAAUAUUAGACCAAGCACAGCAGCCCUAUAAUUAUUUGAUAGACAGUAUACGUCAGAGAGAUGCACAAAUAAAUAAAAUGAAAGAGCACGUAGCUAACUUGGAGGCUGACGUACAACAACUUGAAAAGGAGAGAAAUGAUCUUGUCAGGACUAAAAACAACAUGUCCUUGGAUUUAGAACGCUUAUUGAACCAGAAAGAGGAAAUGUCUGUCAUGAAACAAGUGGUGAUGAACUUGUCCAAUCGUCAGUAUGGAGAGAAGAAGACAAAGUCACGUGACCUAGCAAGACCCAAAAGUCCAUCCUCACACAAACCGUUUGGAUCCUUCGAGCUGCAUGAUGAACCAGAAGUUGUUAAACCUGGCUUCAUAACAGUUACAAAUGAUAAAUCUCAUUGGUCGAAGAAACUAAAACAGAAGAAUGUAGAACAAUCCACAAAAUUCUCUAAAGUUUACGCCACAGCCAAGUCCUGACCAGAGUAACAAAGGAUGACUCAACUAUACAGUACCUGUAGUAUCCCUGGUGUCUGGAAAAACAUCUUAGGAAAAAAUCCAUACUGAAAAGUAGGACAAAUUAUUGACUGAACAGAGCC